UACCUAAUUUAUCAUUUGAUAUCUCACAUGCUUAAAAUACCUACGUAUCUAAUUAGUUGCAUAAUAAUUAACUUACUUAUAGGUGAUAAUGUAAAUGAAUUCGUUCGUAGACAAAGAAAACUCCUUUGCAUUAUAUGUAUUUUGGGGAUUGGUAGUGACACUUUUAGCAAUACGCGUUAUAAAGUACUUGAGCUAUAAACACGAAACCUUCGAGGUCGAUUAUUUGGUAUUGGCGGUGACAUGGCCCAUUUCAAUUUGCAGUUCGUUCAAAAAGGAAAGAAAUUGUGCUCAUAAGUGUGAUUUGUCAGAAGACAACUGGAUAAUACAUGGAUUUUGGCCGCAUCAAAAUCUUGGAAAUCAUAAACAACAGAUAAGCUACUACUGUCCUUCAUCACCGUUCAACCACACUGAACUAGAACCAAUUCGAAAUCUAAUGGAGGAAUAUUGGCCAACCAAGAAGAGCUGUUGGAACAAUUCCCAAUUGUGGGAGCAUGAAUGGUCGAAACAUGGAACUUGUGCCUUACAACUCAAGCCUCUGAGCAGUCAACUGAAAUAUUUUCAACGGACUUUGGAAUUGUAUAAAGAGUACGAUGUGACAAAAGCGUUAAACGAUUGUAAUAUUCGCCCGAAUGAUUUGCUAUUAUAUCGGAAAGACGACAUCGUAGAUUGUUUUGUGAACCAUUUCAAAAAGUCUCCGCGGUUAUCAUGCAAACAGAGUAAUAAGAAGUUCUUAACGGAGGUCAUGCUCUGUUUUGAUAAGGAGUUGGUUUUGCAAGACUGUAAGACUUUUCCUGCCCUAAAUAAGGAUAACUGUAAAGGAGCUCUCAUACUCGCAUAUCCAGCUCAAAUUUGAACCGCAUGAUUCACCUUUGAAAGCUACGUUCUCGUCUAGUUAAAUUCAAGACAGAAUUGAAGUAGGAAUAGUGAUAUCUUUUUUAAUUUUAAGUAGGUAGGUAGGUAUCUUAUCAAUUUUUUUAGGGUUCCCCGAGCCUCGCCUCGGGGAACCCUCAGUUUUUCAGUUUUUCCACACCUCGAUACUAGCGCUGUCUAGCGUUGCGUAAAGAUACAACAUACGAUUUUAAUUUUAAUUUUUUUUUAGCAGCAAGUACAUCAUAAAUGGAAAUGGAAUGAGAACGUCAGUACAAAAAUAUCAAUUGAACACAAAUAUUGCUUGUUUUUUUUUGUACACUUCAUUUCGAUUACGAUAUUUUCUGUUUUUUAUUCAUGUACAAUGUGAAAUUUUGAAAAUAUUCUAGACUAAAGAAUCAAGGUGAGGAUACAAAUUUGAAAAGAAUGACUAUAACAUUUUAUUUUUAACGAACUCGAGCUGAAAGUAAUUAUGCAAUAAGUUGAAUGAGAACUUCUGUUUAGAAAUUGUGAAUAAUCGUUUCCCAUUUAACAUUUGAAAAAAUAUCUUGUGAGAAAGCUGUCACAAUGCGGACCCAAAUUUUUAAAAUUUUUGCUUUCGAAGUUUUGAUUUUUUUUUUUUUAGUAGCACCAACAAAAGAUGAAUGAUAUAUUGUGGUACCUUGCUAAUAUUCAACGAUUCGAAUUUUCGACAACGACAAAUUAUAAUAUCUAAUUAUUUUGUAUUCAUUCA